AGCCUUCGGGCGCCGCUGCUGCAGAAACUACCAAACUUUUUCUCCCGCAGCGAUCGCCUAGGGCUUGGCGUCUCUUCUAACGCCUCUGCGAGCCUCGGAGAAAAGAGAGGCGCAGGCUGCUAGGAGCCGAUAUUCUCUCUCCUUACCCUGAUUUUUCCCUCCAGGAAAAGGAGAGCUCCAGCGCGGACUGGCUAAGUGCCUGGGAGGGAGACUGCGUCCAGGGCACUGGAAGUCCUGCUGUCACUGGCCUCCAGGACAGCAGGCGCAAACUCAGAUUUAAAGGACCAGAGUCUCUAUCGCCCAGACCUUCUUGUCAUCCAGCUUGGUCUGGGUUUCUCUCGGACCUAGAAAAAGCAAAGAGGCCGGAGGAAACACAACCCCUCGUCACUCUCCACAGCCGUCAGCUACAGUACUCGGUCUUUCGCCACCCGGGGGAAGACCAGAGAAGGCAGUGGUAAACCUGGCGCGCACAGUCGCAGGUUGGGCGCGCCACUCGGCAACCGUCGGGGCCAGAAGUUGCCAGCUUCCAAGAGUUGAGUAGGCCAGAAAGACCAAACUCGGAAACACUAGGCAAUUCGCAGAAGGCCAGGAAGAGAAGCAGAGAGGGCCUGGAGGGCGAGCAGGCAAAGUGGUGGGACCGGACGGGCGGAGUGGGAAUUAGAGGGGGCAGCCAGGCCCCAGGAAAGAAGUGCGGAGAGACGGUGUGGCCCAGUGCGGGCCAGAGGGCGGUGGAGGAGCCAGGGGCGAUGCCGCGGCCGGGGAAGAGCUCGUACAGCGACCAAAAGCCGCCCUACUCAUAUAUCUCACUGACCGCCAUGGCAAUCCAGCACUCAGCCGAGAAGAUGCUGCCGCUGAGCGACAUCUACAAGUUCAUCAUGGAGCGCUUCCCCUACUACCGCGAGCACACACAGCGCUGGCAGAACAGCCUGCGCCACAACCUCUCCUUCAAUGAUUGCUUCAUCAAGAUCCCGCGGCGGCCCGACCAGCCUGGCAAGGGUAGCUUCUGGGCGCUGCACCCCGACUGCGGCGACAUGUUCGAGAACGGCAGCUUCCUGCGGCGCCGCAAGCGCUUCAAAGUGCUGCGCGCCGACCAUGCUCACCUGCACGCGGGAAGCACCAAGGGCGCUCCGGGAGCCGGGCCGGGAGGGCACCUUCACCCCCAUCACCACCACCACCCCCACCACCACCAUCAUCACCACGCUGCGGCUCACCACCACCAUCACCACCACCCACCCCAGCCGCCGCCGCCGCCGCCCCCGCCGCCGCCACACAUGGUGCACUAUUUCCACCAGCAGCCUACUGCUCCGCAGCCGCCUCCGCACCUCCCGUCGCAGCCCCCGCAGCCACCGCCGCAGCAGUCGCAGCCUCAGCAGCCGUCUCACCCCGGCAAGAUGCAGGAGGCGGCGGCCGUGGCGGCGGCGGCGGCAGCGGCGGCGGCGGCCGCAGUGGGCAGCGUGGGGCGCCUGUCUCAGUUCCCACCCUACGGGCUGGGCUCAGCCGCCGCCGCUGCCGCAGCCGCCGCGGCGUCCACAUCCGGCUUCAAGCACCCCUUUGCCAUUGAGAACAUUAUUGGCCGGGACUACAAGGGCGUGCUACAGGCUGGAGGGCUGCCCUUGGCAUCCGUCAUGCACCACCUGGGCUACCCCGUGCCCAGCCAGCUCGGCAACGUCGUCAGCUCCGUGUGGCCUCACGUUGGAGUCAUGGAUUCGGUGGCCGCCGCCGCGGCCGCCGCGGCCGCAGCCGGAGUCCCUGUAGGUCCGGAGUAUGGGGCCUUCGGGGUCCCGGUCAAGGCCCUGUGCCACUCGGCAAGCCAGAGCCUGCCUGCGGUGCCGGUGCCCAUCAAGCCCACGCCUGCGCUGCCGCCCGUGUCUUCGCUGCAGCCCGCGCUCACUGUCCCCGUGGCUUCGCAGCAGCCUCCGGCGCCAACCACCGUGUGCUCCGCGGCCGCAGCCUCGCCAGUCGCCUCUCUGCUGGAGCCCACAGCCCCGACCGCGGCCGAGAGCAAGGGCAGCUCCCUGCACUCGGUGCUAGUGCACUCCUAGGGGACCUGGCGGGCGGGGGGACCAGCGCGGCUCGGAGAGAAGCCGGGCCCGGAACCGCAGAAACCGCCUGACGGGGAGAGGGCGCCCUGGCCAGGCGGGGUAGAGCUGGUGAGUGUGAGCCUUUGCUGGAACGGAAGGUAUUUAAACUGACGAACAACCCCGAAAACUGGAUUCUCCAGUGGUCUGAAUAAAUAUAACCCUCCGUGUGUCUGUGUUUAUACUAUGUUGUACAAUCAGAUUAAUGAAAGCCAAUUUUCAGGUAAGAGUUUAUAUUGUAAUUCAUAUAAAUCGAUGUUAUGGGGGGAGGGGAGAAGGGAACGAAGGAGGUUAGGAAAGCCUCAUUCGCUGGUAAAUUGGAAGUAGAUUCCGACCCUUAUUCCUGGGAGUAGACGCUGCCAGAGCUAAACCUCCCGGGAAGAAUCCAACAGAGAGUGACGCUGAAACGGAUCAGCCACCACGUUUCUCUUUGCUGUUCUCAUCCCCAGCGGUCGCCUCUCGUGAACGUUUAAGACAAAACUGCCGUCGACUAAGGAGAUCUCGUUUUAUUUGAGAAGGAAAAGAGGAAGCGUUUGAUACCGUUAUUUUCCGAGUCAGCUCAAUGCUCGAGGAAACGGUGUCACUAAUAAGGUCGCUUUGGAGGCGGUGGGGGAGAAGAGGAGGCAGCGGAAACCCCACGAAAUAUCUUUGGGAAACAGCUAAGUUUCUUGACUCUAGCCCAGGGGUCAAGAAGGAUGGGAGGAACCGCUAGAGCAAUUAGUUUGCACAAAAGAGAAUGGCAGCAGCUUAAAGGGUAAAGCCCCAAAUUCCAAAAGUUGGGAAACACAACCAAAGAGAGACAAUACAGGCGACUUUCCACCUGCAACUCGUUUGUGUAUCAAUCGGAUGAGCGCCCAAGAAUAAUAAUGUGAAUUCCCACGAUCCGUUCCAUUUGGAAUUUUAAGGAAACAAAUCACUUGUAUAGCGGGAUUUUGUUCCCCAAACUUAUGAAUGCAGGAAAAACUCGGCACAUCACUGGACAAUAUUGCUCUUAACGCUUGCAGGAGCUGUUGUUCCCUUCCAGUGUUCUCGGACGGAAGCCAGGGGCCCACCCUGUCACCUUUGCACGCUGCUGCCGUUUUGAUAUCCCAUGUGCUGUUUGGGCGUUUAUGUCUUUCAGGCGAAUUAAUUCUUCAGUUUCAAUUAGUGAAUGGAAAGAAACCUGCUUGUCGCUGCUGCCCUUCCCCCUUCUUGGGCUCCAGGAAUAGCACUUUACUCGAGACACACUUUUGGGAAUGGAGGGGGGCAGAGUGAGGAGAAAUCCUCUUUGCCCUUUGGCUUUAAGUCACCUCCGCCUGGUGUCCUCGCCGCGUUCGGGUUGUGACUUUGUUUAUGUCUGCUUGUGUUGUACGCGGUGUUCUCUAUUAAAGCUUUUCUCUAGAUAUCUCUGCUGGCCCCGUGUGAAGGUGUUUCAAUUAUCCAGUGGUUUGAGUGCCCACUGUUAGGUCAGGGCACUUUGCAAAUCCUCCU